AUGGGAUCAAAUAAAUCAGAAGUUAUCAUCGCCUUGACUUUUGUCGUUGGAUUUUUUUUGGGAUAUAAAGCUAAAGAAUGGCGUAUUACAUGGUUAAAGAGAAAACGAGAUCGACUCGCCGACAAACUCAGACAUGCUCAAGCCAAAAAAGUAAAAGACAUUUUUGAAGAUAACAAAAAAUUGAAAGUGAGUUAUGAACAUAAUAAAGUGGACAUAUCCAAAACGAAACACAGUGAGGAAGAUCAUGAUCACACCAAAGAUGGCAGAACACACUUACUGCUAUUUCCAGAUGACAUAUUACUCAUGAUUAUAUCUAAUUUAAAUCACCACUGUAUUAUUAAUUUAAGCAAAACUUGUAAUAGGCUUUACGAAGUAUGUCAAGAUCAUACAUUGUGGAGAGAAGUAAAUUUUAGCGACAAUGUUGUUACUUUAACAGAAAUGGGCAUCAUUUUAAAAUACAUCACUCCUGAAACGAAAUCGAUUCAUACUAAAGGAUAUUAUAGAUCAGGCGAAAGUAUCAAAGAAACCUUAACAUUAGAUUGGCUAACUCAGAUAUCAGAAAAAUGUCCAAACUUGUUAAGUUUGGCUUUGCCUAACCAUUACAUUGAUUGUGAGUGCAUAACUAUUCAAAAUUUUCCAAAGACAUUGACAAAAUUAGAUUUAAGUAAUACAUAUGUCAGAAAUGCGCCAUGGAACAAAUCAUAUUUUAAAGAUGUCUCUUUAAUCAUGCCUGAAUUAGAAAUAUUAAUUUUGUCUAAUUGCGACUGGUUUGAACCACACAGUCUAAUGGCUUUGAGCAAAUGUCCAAAAUUAAAAGAAUUAAGAUUGGAUGGAUGCGUUAAAAUUAAAGAUUGUGUCGCUUAUUGUGGCCUUGCAACUCGUUCUGGAUUUAAAGCUCUUAAGACAUUGGAUCUCAGAAAGUGCCCAAUAGGUUCAUCGGAGCUUACUUGUUUCGCUUCUGUGUCCUCUAUUGUAAAUUUGUAUUUAGAAAGUCCAAACACACUUGGAAUAUCUCCGGGUAUAGCCAUAGACACUCCUAUCAUGAUACUUUUCACAAAUGAACCCGUCGUGGAAAUAAGAGCUGAUGGUCAUAGAGGAAAAGUCACUUGUCCUAGACUGAAAAUAGAAAAAUUAUUUGUGAGAAAUUAUAAAAGAAUGACUGACAUGAGUUUGCAUCAGCUGGCAAGGGAUGCCAUUUUUUUAAAGUAUCUUGAUGUUAGUGGCUCUGGAGUAUCAGCUAUCGGUAUUGAAAAAUUUAGAACUCUGCGUCCAAAUGUAACUUUGGUUAACAAUAGUCUGUGA